AAACCAAAUCCUCCGUGUGCUGCUGGACCCUCUCGGAGAUGGUCUUUAGUCUAAUAAGCUGGGAGGACAAUCCUGUCAUAAAAACGCCAUGAAACCCAGAAUAAACGCAGGAAGAGGUUUCAUCUCACUGCUGAUGGCGAGCCGGUGUGCGAUGCCUUUUUCUUUCCCUCUGAGUCAUUUUGAAGCUCGUUGCAUCAGUUUGACUUCUUUCCUUUGGAGUGUGUAGGUUUCUAUCACGACUCUUUGAACCUUCUUAGAUGUGAGAUAAGAGAGCGCAGACGUUCUCACCUGCUCGUUAAAAUACAUGCAAACGUUUGAUAUGAGGAGGAGGUUCUGAUGUGUGGCUUACGUCUCUCUGAGGUCCUGGUUUCUGUUGUUCCUGUUUAACUGAUGUCAUCAGAAGGCUGAAGUAACUGAACUCAACUUUGUUACUGAGAAAGUUUGGUUUGCAGACAGGCAUGAAACACACCGGGACACACUGAUGAUAACGAACGCACACACACACACGCAGUGAGUGCAGUAUUGAAGCCAACUUCCUUGUCAUUAAGUUCCCAGUUGUGACCGACUCGUCAGUUACCAUCAGAACUGACAAAGAAAAGCAGUAAAUUCUGACCUUCGAGAAGCUGUUUGACUCAAACGAUUAGACAGCCUUCAAAAAAGCUGGUAACUAAUUUUCCUUUGGUCAGCUAAUCAGCUAAUGGCCUGAUGGUAGCGACGCCACUCUGAGAAGACGUACUGUGACGUGAGGCUUUGGCGCCAAUAAGAACGCCGUGUCUCUGGAACAACCUGCGACUGGCCGGAGCUUCCCUUCGACGGCUGCAGCCAGGAGAACGUGCAGAAGUUUCUCAGACUCCAGCUUUAAUUUAAGCUGCGACGGUCCUGCUGUUCCUCAGGGGAAAACCCUUCAGCUCAGUGACAGGAAGUAAACAAGACUGACAGAGACGUGUGCGACCUUCAAACCAUCAGCGCCGACCAAAGCGCUCAGGGAGGCUCUGACUCAGUGAGGACUGAGGCGGCUGCUGGAGCUGAGUAUGCAGACCAGACAGGAGCAGAGUCCUGAUGUCUGCUGGCAGCAGAGCUAACAAUGGCUGUUACAUAAGACCCAUCAGUGCCAUCUGCAUUCCGCCGGCUGAAAUAUGGAGGUCAGACACAGAUGAGCCGCGGCUUAUCGGCUGGUUUCAGAUGAAAAAUACACGACUCAUCGCUUCUGGACAUUUUUACUGCUGUCAGAGCUCAUCUGUAUUUGUCUGCCAAAAUAGAAAUACGCAAAGAAAACAAUCUUGUAACUGUGAUGAAGUUCAGCUCGUCUCAAAGUCGUCAUCUAUGAUCAGUGAAAGAAGCCGGCGGGAACAUUUCUGUUGUGUUUUCAGCACUUUGGAUGUGAUCGGCUCGCCUCCGGCGGUGCUCCAUCGUUUCAUUUUCACACUUGUUCUUCAGUUUGUCAAGUCACAUCAGCAGCCUGAUCCCAGUUUUCUGCCCCUCUGACUCUGAACAGGAACACCACGUCUGUUAUGAUUACUGGACAGAUUUCUACCUGCAGUGGAACAUGUCCGACUAUCCAGGUGUGACCAACGUCCGAUUCCCUGACAGCCAGAUCUGGAGACCCGACAUCCUGCUGUACAACAGUGCUGACGAAAGGUUCGAUGCCUCCUUCCACACCAACAUCCUGGUCAACUCCAGCGGCUACUGCCAGUACCUGCCACCAGGAAUAUUUAAGAGCACCUGUUACAUCGACGUCCGCUGGUUUCCCUUCGACGUGCAGCGCUGCAACCUGAAGUUCGGCUCGUGGACGUACGGCGGCUGGUCUCUGGACCUGCAGAUGAUCGAGGCUGACGUCACCGGAUACAUCGCCAACGGGGAGUGGGACCUCGUGGAGGUUCCUGGACGGAGGAACGAGCGUUUCUACGACUGCUGUAAGGAGCCGUACCCCGACGUGACCUUCACCGUGGUGAUGAGGAGGAGGACGCUCUACUACGGACUCAACCUGCUCAUCCCCUGCGUCCUCAUCUCCACCCUCGCGCUCCUCGUCUUCCUGCUGCCCGCCGACUCCGGAGAGAAGAUCUCCCUCGGGAUCACAGUGCUGCUCUCUCUGACCGUCUUCAUGCUGCUGGUCGCUGAGAUCAUGCCGGCAACAUCCGACUCGGUUCCUCUCAUAGCUCAGUACUUUGCCACCACCAUGGUGAUCGUGGGUCUGUCUGUCAUCGCUACGGUUCUGGUUCUGCAGUAUCACCACCACAACCCCGACGGGGGACACAUGCCACGAUGGACCCGUGUGAUUUUGUUAAACUGGUGCGCCUGGUUCCUGCGGAUGCGACGUCCUGGUGAGGCGAAGGUUCGUCUGGCGUGCCACAACGCCGCUAAGCGUCGAUGCGGCAGCCUGUCCAGUCUGGAGCUCAGCGUCAGUCAGGGCUCGCUGCGACAUCACCCACAGGUAACCAACGGCAACCUCCUGUACGUCGGCUUCCGGGGCGUGGAUGGGCUGCACUACGCCUCGCCUGCCGAACCGGAGCUCGUCUGUUCACGGCUGGUGGGAGGGGACGAGGACGUGCUGCGAGUGGGAGGAGCUGGAGUAAGAGGAGGAGGAGCAUCAGGAGGCGCGACCCUGGAGGCGGAGCUGAAUCAGAUCCUAGAGGAGGUGAGGUACAUCGCCCGGCGUUUCCGCAGCCAGGAUGAGGAGGAGACGGCGUGCAGCGAGUGGAAGUUCGCCGCAGCGGUGAUCGACCGCUUGUGUCUGGUUGCGUUUUCGCUCUUCACCAUCCUGUGCACCAUCGGCAUCCUCAUGUCUGCUCCCAACUUUGUGGAGGCCAUUUCCAAAGAUUUCUUCAGCUGAGAAGAAGAGCUGACAGCCGACCCCCAUAGCAGCUGCCUUUAUUUCAGUUACUGUCAACAAGUCUCCCGAUCAGACCCAAACCAACCACGUCCGGCCUCAGGACUGUCUGACUUCCUGUCUGUGUCUGUCAGCCCAGAGUCCAUCGGAUGCUACUGAAGGCAUCUCACACAUAAGUAGUUUCACUUUUGUUUUCCAGUGGAUCAGACUCUCUCCGUGUUCACGUGCUCAGUAUUCUCCAUGUUUCUCAGAGCUUUCAGCAGCAGUGCGUGGAGCUAACUCAGGUGUCUGCUCAGGUGCACACUGAUCACAGGUGGUUGCACAGGAGGUGGACGUGCUUCGCUCUGGACGAUCGUCUUUGUCCCUGCUGUCUGCUGAAGAAGAAGAAGAAGCCGAGUGCUGCUGUGAAUGAAAGCCGACUGGAGGGAAGAGUCUGCUGACACCAGCUGUAACUGCUUCAGGUCAUUAGGUAACCUGCACACAGGUGUGAUGGAUUCUGUCGAGUGUCAUGUCAGCUGAUAUGCUUUGUUUGCUACAGAACAUGUUCUGUAGCAAACAAAGCAUUUUAACCGAAGACCACGCUGAUUAUUCAUUGAUUCCUGUUUUCUACCGUUUGUAUUGUGUUCCCGGUCGUCUGUCCCAGACGCCUCCUUCACGCUGACGCCACGCCGCCGUGACAUACGGCUGCUUGUGAUUGGUCGUGGACCGGUUUGUCAUCUGUCGUGUAUCUCAGUCCGGUCAGGACUCUGUAACCACCUAAUGUGACACGGUGACCAUGUGACCGUCCAAACCCGACACGUGAGGUUUUCCUCUUGUGAUGUUAACAGUUUCCACUCAUUCGUUCAGUGAUUUGUGCAGUUCAAGGUACGAAAACAUCUUGUUCAUCCCCUUUUGGCUUGCUUGUAUUGCCUGCUCCUGUUGGUCUGAAAGCCAUCUGGGACCCACGGUCAUGUGCUCCUCAUUAUGUUCACAUCCAGUCUGAUUCACUGGCUCACUUUGGCUCACUGGAAUUUCACUUUGAAACGUUCAAAAAAUGAACUAACACGAUCUGUGAUGCAAGGCAGUCCAGUCCAGGCAGUCUUCAUUCAGCUGCUGGGCCACGAGCUCCACCGCUAACUGAGCUAACGGUAGCUAACUGUAACUAACUGUAGCUAACAGUAGCUAACAGUACAACUGAGCUAACUGUAACUAACUGUAACUAACUGUAGUUAACAGUAGCUAACGGUAGCUAACUGAGCUAACUAUAACUAACUGUAGCUAACUGAGCUAACUGUAGCUAGCUAUAGCUAACAGUAGCUAACUGAACUAACUCAGCUAAUGGUAGCUAAUUGAGCUAACUCAGCUAACGGUAGCCAACAGUAGCUAAUUGAGCUAACUGAGCUAACUGUAGCUAGCUGUAGCUAAGAGUAGCUAACGGUAGCUAACGGCAGCUAAAUGAACUAACUCAGCUAAUGGUAGCUAACAGUAGCUAAUGGUAGCUAAUGGUAGCUAAUUGAGCUAACUCAGCUAACGGUAGCUAACAGUAGCUCUACAGCCAAAGGUAACCUGAGCACAGGAUGUGGGGAGGAGCUUCUACCUUUGAAUUCUGGCUGGAUUUCAGAAGUUGCUCCUUAAAGCAGCAGUGAAAGGAGUCGACCUGAUCAGUCUGACUUUUGUCUGGCCCUAAAGAAAACACACAGUGUGCUUUUAUCUGCUGUAGUUUGUAAAUGUUUCCACCCAACGCCUCCAGCCUGCUGACGUAGUCCAAGAUCUUUUCCCAGUUUACCUAAAAUGUCCUCAAUGACAUCUCAAGUUACACGACUGCCAUAAUAAAGCUGCUUUGUUUAAAUACCACUUUAAAUUUAUCAUAAGAAUCUCUCCUGUGAAAGAUGAAAUGAAGCAUUUUGUGAGCACAGGCUGUGAUUUCAGGGAUGAUUCUGGUUGAUAAAUUCAUCAUGUGUUCUGGUCAAUCGCUCGAUGC